AUGAAGAAACAUUUUUUUUUUCAUUUUGCGGCAAUUUUCACGAAGUAGAAAGAGAAAGAAAGAGCCAAUAGCUUCAUGGAUGGAGACAAAUAUCAAAAACCAGCAAAUUAUUGAAAAAAUGAAACCCUAAGUUACUUUAUCAAUGUUCAAUUUUUUCAAUUUUUGAAUAAUUAUCUUUUUUUCUCUAUAUUUUCAAUCAUCGGUGCGGUCGUAAAAACCUCGAUUUCCGGUCUGUCAAUAUUAUACUGUAGUAUAUAUCUAGAAUUAUUAUUUUUUUUCAGUAAAUCGAAUCGGUGAGGAAAAAAAUUGGUGGAAAAAAUAUGCCGUCACAUGCGGAUGUAGAUCGGCAGAUCGAGCAAUUGAUGGAGUGCAAGCCGUUAGCGGAAGCGGAGGUGAAAAUUUUGUGUGAUCAAGCGAGAGCGAUACUUGUGGAGGAAUGGAAUGUGCAACCGGUGAAAUGUCCGGUGACUGUAUGUGGUGAUAUACAUGGACAGUUUUAUGAUCUGAUUGAGCUUUUUCGUAUAGGGGGAAAUGCCCCGGAUACGAAUUAUUUGUUUAUGGGCGAUUAUGUUGGAAAAAGUGGGAGAGAAGUUUCUCUUCAUUUGUUAUGUUUCAUUCGGUGCCAAAGACGACAAGUUGAUAAAAGCGUACACAUGCAAAAAUCCUCACCGUGGAUACUAUUCUGUCGAGACUGUCACACUGUUGGUUGCUCUGAAGGUCCGAUAUAGAGAUAGAAUCACAAUUCUUAGGGGAAACCACGAAAGCCGGCAAAUCACUCAAGUGUAUGGGUUUUAUGAUGAAUGCUUGAGGAAGUAUGGAAAUGCUAAUGUUUGGAAGUAUUUCACCGAUCUCUUUGAUUAUCUACCAUUGACAGCACUCAUUGAGAGUCAGAUAUUCUGUUUGCAUGGAGGACUCUCACCAUCCCUUGAUACUCUCGACAACGUCCGAUCACUGGACCGUAUACAAGAGGUGCCACAUGAAGGGCCGAUGUGUGAUCUUCUAUGGUCUGAUCCAGACGAUCGCUGUGGUUGGGGAAUAUCACCUCGAGGGGCUGGGUACACGUUUGGACAGGAUAUAGCAUCUCAGUUCAAUCACACUAAUGGUCUCUCGCUGAUUUCUAGAGCCCAUCAGCUUGUCAUGGAAGGUUAUAAUUGGUGUCAGGAUAAGAAUGUUGUAACGGUAUUUAGUGCUCCAAACUAUUGUUACCGAUGUGGUAAUAUGGCUGCAAUUCUAGAAAUAAGCGAAAACAUGGAGCAGAAUUUCCUUCAGUUUGACCCAGCUCCACGACAGAUUGAGCCUGAUACUACAAGGAAGACUCCCGACUAUUUCUUGUGAUUCGAAUACUUGAGCUGACUGUUUGUAGCCAAUCAAUAUCGUAUCCCUGUAGAUGUGUCUUAAAAAAAGAGUUUUGUUAUUUGAGGAUUAUUAUCAUCAUCAUCAUCAUUCUUUUGGUUGGAAUUUGCUUUGCUGCUGGCUUUUAACAUGUGCCCGUAGAUUCGCCAGAUUUUUGACAAAAAGCCUUAGUGUCUUGUGUAUAUUUUUUUGCGAGAAGCAGCAGCAAUAACAUGGCACAUUAUGAUCUGUAAUUUGAAGUUCAUCGUAGAAAGCAAGUUACUUUCUGAUA